GUUCAUCAGCGCCCCUGCAUCUCACAAAUCCUUUGGCUGAGUAAGGCGUCUCCAGUUCUCCCCUUUUAACAACGCUCGGGGAAAUGAGACCAAGAGCAGCCCCGAGAGAACGCGGCUCGCGGAGGUGAAGACCUUUGAGGCGGCAAGAACCCAGGACUCCCCUCAGGCCCCCUAGGUGUCUGCAGGGGCCGCCCUUGGCCUCAGCUCCCAUUGGCUGCCCCUCCCAGCCGGCUAUAAAGCCGGAUUCUAAGGGGCUGGGUACCUGCGGCUCUCCUGCCUUCUGCUGCCUGGGCCUGGGCCUGAGAUGGGGGCGCGCGUCCUGCUGGUGCUGUUGAGCCUCUCCUCGCUGCUGGGCUUCCUGCAAGCUGUGCAGUGUUUCCAGUGUGAGCGAGUCAACGCCGGUGGCGUGUGUGAGACUGGGGAGAGUUCCUGCCGCACUCAAGGCAGCCAACAGUGCUUUCUGAGAAAAUUCUAUGAAGGUGGCAGGCUCCUGUAUGCACACCAGGGCUGUGGGGAUCUGUGUGUCUCCAUGUCUAUCUUCAAACAGAGUGAUACGCUGGAUUUUGAAUGCUGCAGUGACACAUCCUUCUGUAACAGAUUUUAGAGACUUGGCCCUUCUUGCCCUGUUCCAUUGCUCCUUUAGCCCCGUUCUGUGCUCCUGGAGCUUCAAAGGACCCGGCCAUCAAUCCUCAGCAGUGUCCAAGCCCUGAAACCCGCUCCUCCUCAGCCACAGGCAUUGCUGUUCCCAUAGCUUGACUCACCAGAGAGACGCUCUCUCCUUCACAUCACCCCUGCUCCCUCUGGGACUCUCCUGUCUCCUUCCCCUACCCUCUCUGUGCCUCCAUGACUCCUCCUGCCCCUGUCACCAUGAGCAUGUAGCAAGCUCUCCAUCCUCUCUCUCCUUAACAAGUAUUUUCUGACUCUUAAACCCUGCAAUUAGAUGCAGAUUACAUAAAAGUGAGUAAGACCUGACCUCUGCCCCCAAGGUGCCUUCAGUUUUAGUGGUUCAUUUUCUGCUAGGCUGACCUAGUUCACAGUGGCUUCAGUAUCUUGCCUCUCUCUUAUUCAUAGAACUUAGGGCUGAAAGGGUCUCAUUCACCAACCCCUCUAUUUAUACAAUCACAUACUCUUCCUCCAUCAUUCCCCCUUUCCAUGUUCAGCUUUUUUCCUAAUAAAUCUCAUUUGUUUUUAGGUCACUGUUGUUAGGAAUUAUUUAAUGUUUCAACUAUAUGAGUAAAAUACAAACUCAGCUUAGAAAAAUUAUAAAAUUGUGGCAAAAGCAGACAUCACCAGCAUUCCCAUCUCUCAUGCAG